AGAACGUGAACCAAAGAGUGCGGUGAUUCUGACUCGUGGUAUAAUCCGACACAUCGAAUAUCCUUCCGGUCUGACCUGCGAUUCCAGCCAUCGAGAGGACCGUGUGAUCCCCGCUGAAACCGCACGACUACCGACGAUAUCUCCGAGCGACCCAAACAAUGAUCUCUGGAACCACCUUGCCGUGAAAUGACCCCUUGGUUGUUGGUGUAGGAGGCUCUGCGUUGCUCUCCGUGUUUGAUUCGCGUAAUUACGCUUUGAUCGGCCGUGUCCUUCAGGAUGCCGUCCGACGACUACCUACCACCCCCGGGCAGUCCGAGUAUCUCCGGCUCCGACGAUGAUCUCGACUUGGAGGAGCUGGAUCCCACCACUGCCAUCAUUCAGAGCUCCCCACGGGCAUCGCGGGACGAUUCCCAUCAACGAGGCGGCUAUGGUCAGGGUAUCGCAUUGAAGAAUUUGCGCAAGGGCGUAGGGAGUCGGGUGUGGGGAAGGACCCGUUCGGGGACGCACGGGGGCGAGGACGAUAUGGAUGCGUUAUUGGAGAACCCGGAUGGCGACAGGCGGAGGAGGUCGCCACGCGCGAGCGAGGACGAUGCGCCGCUCUUGGACGAACGCAGGCAUAGCGCCGCGCACCUUUUUCCUGAUGAGGAACCAAGGGGUGCGCGACGACGUUUCCCGGGGUUGGAUGCCAUCACACGAUUGUUCGGUGCGUCGGGCCGCUCCAGGAGGGAGGUCGAUCAGGUAAAGCCUCCGCGCGAUGUGCUGGUUGGACGGAUACAGCGGUUGCGAUACCCUCCCAACGCCGUCUCGAAUGCGAAAUACACCCCGUGGAGCUUUCUACCUCGGACACUAUACAACGAAUUCUCGUUCUUUUUCAACAUCUACUUUCUAUGUGUCGCCUUGUCCCAGACGAUCCCGGUCCUGCGGAUCGGUUACAUGUCAUCCUAUAUCGCUCCGCUGGCGUUUGUGGUUUCCAUCUCCUUGGGAAAGGAGGCCAUGGAUGAUAUCGGGCGCCGUCGGAGGGAUGCAGAAGCGAACGCGGAGGAGUUCUCAGUCCUGGCGUUUGAUCGACCGAUGGGGAGAAGGUCUCGGCCAACGGCGGAGGAGCCCCGCUCUGAGGCCGAAAGCGUGUUCGAGGUGACCAAAAAAUCGCGAGACUUGAAGGUUGGGGAUGUUUUGAAAGUUCGCAAGAACCAACGUCUCCCCGCCGAUGUUGUCAUCCUCAAAAGUGUCUCCAAUGAUUCGGGUACAGCUAAUCGGGACUCAACCACGGAGCCUCCGGCAGCUCUCAUCGACUCGGACCAGAGCCCCGCGGAUGGAGAACCGAGCUCGAGUUCCCCGGCCGAGGAUAUCUCUUCGGCGGCCGACACCUUCAUCCGCACUGACCAGCUGGACGGUGAAACCGACUGGAAAUUGCGCCUGCCUUCGGUGUUGUCUCAGAGUUUGGGCUUUAGUGAUUUCACGCGACUCAAGGUCACAGCGAGUGCGCCAGAUAAGCGGGUGAACGAGUUUGUCGGGAACAUUGAGCUGGAGCCUGCGUCGGGUUUUUACGACCCCCACGUCGGCAAGACAGAUGAUCAGGAAGACGAAGCUGAAAAUCAACCCUCCGAAUCCAACUCUGCUCCCUUGAGUAUCGACAACACCGCGUGGGCCAAUACCGUUCUCGCAUCCAACACGAUCACCUACGCUGUCAUCAUCUACACAGGGUCGCAGACGCGCGCCGCCCUCUCGACGUCCCCCUCGCGCUCAAAGGUGGGAUUGCUGGAAUAUGAAAUCAACAGUCUUACUAAGAUUUUGUGCGCUUUCACCCUGACAUUGUCGAUCAUUCUGGUCGGCCUGCAGGGCUUCCAGCCAACCAGCGACAAGCCGUGGUACGUCGCGAUCAUGAUCUACUUGAUUCUUUUCUCAACCAUCAUCCCCAUGAGCUUGCGGGUCAACCUCGAUAUGGCGAAGUCUGUCUACGGUCGAUUCAUUGAACGCGACCAAGAAAUUCCCGACACGGUUGUGAGGACAAGCACUAUCCCCGAAGAUCUGGGGAGGAUCGAGUACCUCUUGUCAGACAAGACUGGCACUUUGACGCAAAAUGAAAUGGAGUUGAAGAAGAUCCACGUGGGAACCGUUUCGUACGCCAACGACGCCAUGGAGGAAGUGAUAUCCUAUGUGCGACAAAGUUUUGGCGGGACUUCACUGACAACUCCAUCCGCCCCAUUUGUCCCUCAGGCAGGAGUGGGAGCUGCUCCCCGUACCCGCAGAGAAAUUGGCUCGCGUGUCCGCGACAUUGUCCUGGCGAUGGCCCUCUGCCACAAUGUGACCCCCACCACAGACGAAGAAGACGGGGUCAAAGUAACCAACUACCAAGCUUCGUCGCCCGACGAGAUUGCAAUCGUGCGUUACACGGAAGACGUUGGACUAAAGCUGGCCUACCGUGACCGGCAGACGAUCGCUCUCGAGUCCACACACACCGGUCAUAUCGUCGUCCGCGCCCGCAUCCUGGACAUAUUCCCGUUCACCUCGGAGAGCAAACGCAUGGGAGUCAUCGUUCAGUUUGAUCGGGAAAAGGGUGCCUUGGAUUCUCCCGCGGAUGAAAGCGAAAUUUGGUUUUAUCAGAAGGGUGCAGACACGGUCAUGACAUCAAUCGUCGCCGCCAACGACUGGCUCGAUGAAGAGACCUCCAACAUGGCCCGCGAGGGGCUGCGAACUUUGGUAGUCGGACGGAAGCGGCUGUCUCUGGCGCAGUUCCAAGAAUUUACCGCGAAGUACAAGCAGGCGUCCCUUGCGCUCCAAGGGCGAGACACCGGGAUGGCCAAGGUGAUCGGCGACUAUCUCGAGCAGGAUCUGGAGCUUCUUGGGGUGACUGGUGUCGAAGACCGUCUGCAGCGAGAUGUCAAGCCAUCUUUGGAACUUCUCCGCAACGCCGGGGUCAAGAUUUGGAUGUUGACCGGUGACAAGGUCGAGACGGCGCGGUGCGUGGCCAUCUCUGCGAAACUGGUGGCCCGAGGACAGUAUAUCCACACCGUGGCGAAGGUCAAGGACAAGUCGAACGCGCAGGAGGCGCUAGACUUUUUGCGCAACAAGACAGACUGCUGCCUGUUGAUCGAUGGCGAGUCCCUGGCGCUCAUGCUGAGCCAGUUCCGAUCAUCGUUCAUCUCGAUCGCUGUCCUCCUCCCAGCCGUCGUCGCCUGUCGAUGCUCCCCGACACAAAAGGCCGAAGUGGCCGACCUGAUCCGACAGUACACGAAGAAGCGAGUGUGCUGCAUCGGCGACGGAGGCAACGACGUGUCGAUGAUCCAGGCAGCAGACAUCGGACUCGGCAUCGUCGGCAAGGAGGGACGCCAGGCGUCGCUGGCCGCAGACUUCAGCAUCACGCAAUUCCACCACAUCACCAAGCUACUCGUGUGGCACGGCCGCAACUCGUACAAGCGGUCAGCCAAACUCGCGCAGUUCAUCAUGCACCGCGGCCUCAUCAUCAGCGCUUGCCAGACAAUGUACAGCAUCGCCAGCCACUUCGACCCCAAGGGCCUCUUCAUCAACUGGCUCAUGGUCGGGUACGCCACAGUGUACACCAACGCACCAGUCUUCUCCCUCGUCUUCGACCGCGACGUCGACGAAAAGCUCGCCAACCUCUACCCAGAACUAUACAAGGAGCUCAAAACCGGCCGCAGCCUCAGCUACCGGUCCUUCUUCGCCUGGGUGCUAGUAUCAGUAUACCAGGGCGCCGUGAUCCAAGGCCUAUCGCAGAUCCUCCUCGACACGACCAAAGGUCCACAACUAAUCAGCGUCUCUUUCACGGCUCUCGUACUCAACGAACUCCUAAUGGUCGCCAUAGCCAUCACAACCUGGCACCCCGUCAUGAUCAUCUCCCUCCUCGGCACGGCCCUCCUCUACGCCGCUAGCGUGCCCUUCCUGGGCGACUACUUUGACCUGAAAUUCGUCAUCACCCUCGACUGGGUGUGGCGCGUGUGCGCCGUCAGCGCCGUCUCGUUGGUUCCGAUCUGGGCGGCGAAACUCAUCAAGCAAUCGUGGAAACCGCCUAGUUAUCGGAAAGUGAGGGGUUAACUUUCUUUUCUUCUGCUUCUGCUUCUUUUCUCCAGCAUGCCCGGUCCUUCUGUUACUAUCUUGUCAAGGCGAUUGGAAUUGGGUUGGAUUCUUGCGAUCGUAAAGGUUCGCAGGACGAGCGUACAUUUUCUAUCCUCUUUUACUUUCUUUGCCUUUUUUUAUUUGCUCCUCUUCCCUAACCAUGUCGUUAUUACCAUCUGCAUUGACUGACCCCUUAGUGGGGUCUGAUGUUCUUUCCUCAUCUUAUAUCAUGUUAUGUCGUGUCAUGCCGUAUCAUAUAGACUUGCUCAAUUUUUACUUUAUAGCAAUUUUCUCG